CCAGACUCACACGGAUGUGUGUCUUCGGCCUUGAUCUUGUUUAGUCUUUGCUAUUGUGUAAAGGGGUGCAGACACCAAUUUGCCAGAUAAUCCCUUCAGGAAGGAAUCAUUACACACUUGAACAAGAACCAUGUGGCUUGUCCUUUCCUUGCUGAUGGCCCUCUGCAGUGGUGCUCUGUCUCUGAACAAACUCAACAUGUGCAUGGAUGGCAAACACCACAAAGUAGAGCCGGGCCGCGAGGGGGACCUUUACCAACAGUGCUCUCCCUGGCGUGACAAUGCGUGCUGCACAGCCAAUACCAGCUCAGCAGCCCACAACGAUGACUCCUACCUGUACAACUUCAAUUGGGAUCACUGCGGUACUAUGAGCAAACAGUGCAAGAAACAUUUCAUCCAGGACACUUGCUUCCACGAGUGCUCUCCACACUUGGGACCCUGGAUACAAGAAGUGGAUCAGAACUGGCGUAAGGAACGUGUCUUGGAUGUGCCCCUGUGUAAGGAGGACUGCAACGAUUGGUGGGAAGACUGCAAGAAUGAUAUCACUUGCAAGAGUGAUUGGCACACGGGAUGGGACUGGAGCACAGGUUUUAACAGAUGCCCUAAAAGCAGCAAGUGCAGACCCUGGAUUGAAGUUUACCCCGAUCCCAAGUCCAUGUGUGAACAAAUCUGGUCCAAGUCCUACCUUUAUACCGACUACACCAAAACGUCAGGCCGCUGCAUGCAGCUGUGGUUCACUGGGCCGAACCCCAACGAGAAGGUGGCAGAGUACUACAUUAACAACGCACGGCAACACCAGAGCUUCACCUUGUCAAUGCUGCUUUUCCUGGCAGUUGCAUCUUUCUCUGUAGUGAUGCACUGACAUGAUAUCCACAUCAUGCUGGCAUGUGUCCCCAUAGUGGCUCCAAUAAAACUGUUAGAAUAAUAUCA